GAAUCGUCCGGCUGAGAACUGAUAGGCUGAUGAUAGCCAGACAAAAAGCCUGACCUUUUAAAAUUCGAAGACCGAAACUCUCUCUCUCUCUCUCUCUCUCUUCCCAAAUCCCAUGGGCAAUUUCUCGAUCUCAUCCCAUCCCCUUAUUCCAACGACCAAGGUCGAACCCUAACUCAGGCGUUUCGACUCGGUUUUUCUCAAGCUAACGCAGCUCCCACCCGAGAUUUUUAUCCUCUGGCAAUGCCACUCUGGUUCUCCGCCAUAUCCCUCUCGAUAGAGGACUCCUUUCGUUUGCCUAAAACCUUCCCCUCUUUUCAGAUUUAUUUACUAAGUUCAAGAAAUGACCAACGAUUCCCACCCCCCUAAUUCCAGGAGUCUCCUUUGCAAUGCCGGUGCUGGCGCUGCCGCCGGUGUUAUUGCUGCAACAUUCGUGUGUCCUUUAGAUGUUAUAAAGACGAGAUUACAAGUUCAUGGGUUGCCAAAGCUUGGUAACGCAACCAUUAGACGUAGUCUUAUAGUUGGUAGCUUGGAACAAAUAUUUCAGAAGGAAGGCUUGCGUGGCAUGUACCGUGGACUUGCUCCUACUGUACUCGCUUUACUUCCGAAUUGGGCUGUAUAUUUUACAAUGUAUGAGCAGCUCAAAGACUGUCUAUGUUCUAAUGAUGGGAAGCACCAACUCUCUGUAGGUGCUAACAUGCUAGCUGCAUCUGGUGCUGGAGCUGCAACAACCUGUUUCACAAAUCCUCUUUGGGUUGUGAAGACAAGACUUCAAACUCAAGGAAUGAGAGCUGGAGUGGUUCCCUAUAGGGGUACAUUUUCUGCUUUGAGGAGAAUAGCUCAUGAGGAGGGUAUUCGGGGUCUAUACAGUGGUCUUGUCCCCGCAUUAGCUGGUAUUAGUCAUGUUGCCAUUCAGUUUCCAACAUACGAGAAGAUCAAAUGCUAUUUAGCUAACCAAGAUAACACUCCAAUGGAUAAACUUGGUGCACGUGAUGUUGCUGUUGCGUCAUCAGUUUCCAAAAUAUUUGCAUCCACAUUGACUUACCCACAUGAGGUGGUACGUUCAAGGCUUCAGGAACAGGGACAUCACUCUGAGAAACGCUAUUCUGGUGUGGUUGAUUGCAUCAGAAAAGUAUUUCAGCAAGAAGGCUUUGCUGGAUUCUACCGUGGGUGUGCAACAAAUCUUCUCAGGACCACACCUGCAGCUGUUAUCACAUUCACCAGCUUUGAGAUGGUUCAUCGAUUUCUUGUCAAUCUUUUCCCUUCGGAUCCACAGCCUCACACUUUAUAAAGGUGCAUCAUGCUUAACCAAGGAUAUAGGCACUUGUCUCCUGGCAUAUGACCCGGCAGCAAUGCAUCCUCUUGGUAGUGAUACAUUGUCACAGUUUGUAUUCUUCUGGUAGCCUUUUAGCGAAUAUUCAUUCCGCCUUCAUUUCCUCGUCCUCUGAGAUCAAAGCUUCCGAGGAAGGCGUGGACGUGUUAUACUGACAGUGAUAAUGAUGAAAAUCAUACUUUGAGUUUAAUACAUUCAUAAAAAAAAACAUAGGUAGUUAAGUACAAUUACUUGACAUUUAAGUGACUUGGGUUGGCUUGAUUUGAUGUAACUUCUUUUAUUUAUUUAUUUUAUCACUAGUAUUUCGCCAUAA